AUGAAGUAUAAUCAAAACAACCCUUUAAAAACAGUAAAAGGCAUGUCUCAGCACUCUCCAACCACCUCUACAUUCUAUCUGAAGGCUGCACACUCUCUCCCAAGGUUGCUACAGACUCCCCGCACCUCCAAACAAUCUCCCAGGGUGGGUGCAAUGGUUGGUGGGAUUGCCAAUGUUUCCUCUCCACCACCUUCUGACAUUUAUCCCUGCUGCCCCCUUUUCUUUGGCCAAGCACAUAAAGCUGUGAUCACACAAGUUAAAUGGAAGCUGGUGGCAGCAUACUGGUUUCUAGCUUUAAUUUCUUUCUUGAAACUCCAAUAA